AUAAAUUAAUAAGUAAAGAGAGAAUACUUAUAGAAACCAAAAAAACAAAAAAGAUCAUGAUGACGGCAAAUGACGGCAAUUGGUAACCAAUUUCUUCGUUUGACACCGGAGAAGGCUUCGGAACCAAAAGAUCCAAGAGCACCCCGUCUUCAAUUGGUUAUAUACCGUACUUACUACGGUACCAUCUAACCAACCAUUAUUUGUGACAGUAGUCUUUGUUCUCAUUUGUUCCUUGCGAGGACGAAACCAAAAGGCAAGGCACCGAAAAAAAACACUAACACCAUGGCCAUUCGAUACGAAGCUCCGCCCUACGCUCCCCAGCCGGGCGGGGGAGGCAGCCUUUCGAUCACCGUCAAGCCCGAACGAUGGAGGCUCUUCGCCUACGGUUUUUUCUGGAGCCUGAUGAUUUUUGCGAAACUGGUUUGCGCGACGUUGGUGGAGCCAAUCAUCGAGGCCGGUGCACCUCCCGACACGCCUGCCGAGCGCCUGGGAUGCGGACCGUUCAACCGUGAGGGCGGACCCUUCGACCUCGAGUACGGCAUGGGAUUCACACUCGACGAAAGUCACCUGACACAAAUCUUUGGAUACGCCAACUCUUGCGUCGUGUGGGAUUAUACGCCCGCCCGCGAGAUGAUGGCAAUGUACUUCCCGUUCUUCGAAUACUCACUCGUCAUCUAUUUGUUCCUAGACUACACGAGCACCAUGCUGUCCUACAGGAGGGGAGAGCUCCCGGAGUGGUACUGGAAACUGAUGCAGGUUGUUACCCCCAUCAACAUCUUCCUCGCCGCCAUGUUCCGUAUGAUCUUUGUCUGUGUCGCCUACGAGCAAAUCGAGGGACACGCGCUUGCGUUCCUCGGAUUUCAGGUUGUUCUGCUCAAUGUUGCGAUCACGAACGCUAUGUACAUCUGGCUCACGGGUCAAGAAUACACGAGGGUCACCCUUCUUCCGUGCAUACCAAAAAUCAGCCUCUCCGCACCAGUCGUCGCAUUCGUCACGAAAAUCUAUCUCAUCUGCACCGUUGCGAUCAGUGUGGUAAAGAUCUAUGGCACGCUCUUAUUUGUUUUGGGUGGGGACAUAAGCUGGUAUCUUAUUCCGGUCCCGUUUACCGGGAAAGUCCUGGGCCAGAUCAUCGAUUUAAUCUGGAUGACCUUCAAUGCUAUCCUUCCGUUCUACUUUGCAUACGUUCGAGCCGAAAACGAAGACCCUUUCAUCAUCGAGAUCGAUGCGCCCAAGCAUAUUUACAGAUCGAGGGACGACGGCGGCCAUAACCUUGGCGAUGCCAACGGCGAAGACGAGCCGCAGAAUGGAGACUCCGGUCCCGCGACCGAAACCACCGGCCUUUUGACCGGCGGCGGCAGCGACGACCAGCCACCCGACGAGGAAACACCGGACGAAGCCCCCGCUCCCCCACCGGUGGCACCAACGGGUCCCCGCAUCAUCCAGGGUCAAGAAAACCUAGAUUCCAUCAAAGGGAGCGAAGGAAAUAACGACAACUUGGCCAAUAUCUUCAAGACCGAGGGAUACACCGAAGCCGAAGCAAUACUAGUGGACGGGGGCUGGAUCUCGGAUAUUUUUUUGCCAUCUGGGUGCCCCGAGGGAUCGAAACUGACCGUCAGAUGCAAUUCGACCUGGAACGUCAAGAUCGGCAAUCUGAAAGGCGUUGGUAGCAAAGUAGUUGCUACAAAGCAAAGGCUAGUCGUCGUUGUCAUCGACGGUGUUUGGACCAUUCAGGAGUGGGCGGACGAAAAAGGUCCGUUCGUUGUCAAGGGACAGCAAAAUUUAGAUCGCUUCAAGGGCACCGGUGGCAAGUACUUUGUGGUGGUUGCCAACAAACGCGUCGUGUACCACAACGCCGAUCUCGAAGCCUGCAAAAACUUUCUCAUGACGAAAUUCGGCCACGGCGCGAGCCGCCCCUCCCGCAUGGUCGUUGAUGUUUCUGGUGGCAAGGUCUCCGAAGACCCCCAUAGCUGCGGGGGACAGAACCAGGGCGGAGGAAUGAAAGCGGGCUUCAACAAAUGGUGGCAAGGCUGGCCCGAUAUCCGUUCGAUGAACACUGUCGCCAAGACCUUUUUGAAGACCAACAAGGUUGGGGGUCCUCCCAAGAACGACAAUUUGCUUCAUCUUUUCAACCCGAAAGAUUACAAAGACGUCGAACUGCAUACGUACGAUGGAUCUUGGAUCAGAGAGUUGUAUUUGCCCAAGGCAAACGGUAUCCUUUCGGGUUCGUCGCUUACAAUCAAGUGCAAUUCUACCUGGGGGGUCAAAGUCUUGUACCCAGGAAAUUGGCAGAAAGACGUUGCAACAAAGACAACCCUGGCUCUCAUCGUCAAAGAAGGCAAAUGGAUCGUCAAGAAAUGAGGACGGAGGCACAACACACAACCUCGGCGAUGUUCGGUUGGUUCGGUUUCCACAGACGUGCGAUAGUCCGGUACCACACCCAGAUAUUCCUAUCACUAUUAGGGCUAACUAGAAUGAAAGUAUGGCUGCCCGGCCCUGCGAUCCGCAGUAAAACAAAACAAAACAAAAAAUAUGUAUACAC